UAUGCAUUCAACUUAUGAAUCCGAAAUGGUAGAAAAAGAAAACAUUUAUAUAUAUACUAUAAAAAGCUUUGAGUCAAAAAAAGUAAAAAUUGUUGAAGAAAAUAUGAACAUUCUGAAUGAUAUGACAUUAUUUUUAAAUCAUGCUGAAAUGGAACUAGAAAAAAAUAAUGCUUUAUUAAAUAAAAUGGAAAUUUAUACUAAAUUUAAGGAAAAUCAAAUUAAAGCUCUAAGAAAAGUCCAAAAAAAUUUAGAAAAUAGAAUAGAUACAUUAGUUAAAAAUGAAAUAUCUGAUAAAAAUUAUAUUGAGUCACAUACCAAUACAAUACAGGAAUUGGUAGAAAAAGUAAACACUUAUCAAAAUACAACAAAAAGCUUUGAGUCAAAAAAUGUAAAACUCAAUGAAGAAAAUAUGAAUUUACUGCUUGAAACUGUAAGUCAAAUAUCUCAAAUAAAGAUAUUAGAAGAUAAAAUACAUGAUUUUCAGUCUAAAGAACAGAAACAAUUAGAAAGCCAGAAUUUAGCUAUUGGACACUUUAAACAACAAUUAAAAAGUGCAGAAGACGUUCUAUUAGAACAAAAGACUCGAGCUGAACAAGAUAAUGAAGUUUUUAAAUUGAAG